GGGGGACCUAGUGUGUAAUCAGCUUGUCGCCCGAUAGGCGAUAGGGUUAAGAGGUAGUUCAGGCUGAGUGGUCGCGAUGGGGGAUGUACUCUAGGCGGGUCUUGGGUUUAUUUUAAAAAUUGUUCCGCUAAGAAGGGAGAGUGUUUUAAAUGGCUACGUGGUCGGUGGUUCGUGUCGGCUGAUCGGCGGGUGGUGUGUGAAACGAUAUUUAUAAAUGUAUCGGGGUUAUUAAGAGAGAAGGCGUUAUACGGUGUUAGGAGGGCUAUCAACAUGCAUUGUAAACGAAUCUGCUUAAAUGCAGACGAGAAUGGCACGUGUGUUACAUUUCACUUGUCAAUGGUGGAUUUCAAUAAACCGACUGGUUCUAUCGUGAAACCACUUGAGGAAGAUUUGCCUUGGAUGCUGAAAGUAGGGAAUAGAUACGUCUAUCGCGUAAAGGAUAAAGUAGUUAUCAGAGAGUAUUCGUGGGCUCAACAUGGGGCCAGAAUGGUUAUGCUACCAGAGUUUCAACCUGGUAAAUUCGCGAUCAUGACUUACAGAGAGUUUGACUACCUAGUGCAGUGCUAUUU